GGAGGUGGCGGCGGUGGCGUAUGGGCUCUGAACUUUUAUACAGCUUUCCUUUCUUGUCAUCGUGACAGUCGUGUCUGCUCCAGUGAGGCAUUCCAUAGUUGCUGAUGAAGGGGAACCUCUACAUCCUCUUCAGUGAUCUGACAUCAGCUCCUAUAGUUAGUGAAUUGAGCCUUUGAGGUUUGUGUGACAAAGGUUGAGUGUGAAUUUUGGAUGAAGCUAUCUAAUUAAAUUGUCAUCAUGAGCAGAAGCAAGCGUGACAGCAAUUUCUACAGUGUAGAGAUUGGAGAUUCUACUUUCACUGUACUGAAACGAUAUCAGAAUUUAAAACCUAUAGGAUCAGGGGCACAAGGAAUAGUAUGUGCAGCCUAUGAUGCCAUCCUGGAACGAAAUGUUGCGAUCAAGAAGCUAAGCCGGCCAUUUCAGAAUCAAACCCAUGCUAAACGAGCCUACAGAGAGCUUGUUCUCAUGAAGUGUGUAAAUCACAAAAAUAUAAUUGGCCUACUGAAUGUGUUCACACCACAGAAAUCUCUGGAAGAAUUUCAAGAUGUUUACAUAGUGAUGGAGCUCAUGGAUGCAAAUCUCUGCCAAGUGAUUCAGAUGGAGCUAGACCAUGAACGAAUGUCGUACCUUCUUUAUCAGAUGCUGUGUGGUAUCAAGCAUCUUCACUCUGCUGGAAUUAUACAUAGGGAUUUAAAGCCCAGUAAUAUAGUAGUAAAAUCAGACUGCACUUUGAAGAUUCUUGACUUUGGACUGGCCAGAACUGCAGGAACUAGUUUUAUGAUGACGCCUUAUGUAGUGACUCGUUACUACAGAGCACCAGAGGUCAUCCUAGGGAUGGGAUACAAAGAAAACGUUGACAUUUGGUCAGUUGGGUGCAUCAUGGGAGAAAUGAUCAAAGGUGGUGUUUUAUUUCCUGGUACAGAUCAUAUUGAUCAGUGGAAUAAAGUUAUUGAGCAGCUAGGAACACCAUGCCCUGAAUUCAUGAAGAAAUUGCAGCCAACAGUGCGGACUUACGUGGAGAACAGACCUAAAUAUGCUGGAUAUAGUUUUGAGAAACUCUUCCCAGAUGUACUUUUCCCAGCUGAUUCUGAGCACAACAAACUUAAAGCCAGUCAAGCGAGGGACUUGUUAUCAAAAAUGCUGGUUAUAGAUGCUUCUAAAAGAAUCUCUGUGGAUGAGGCUCUGCAGCACCCAUACAUCAAUGUCUGGUAUGAUCCAUCUGAAGCAGAAGCACCUCCACCAAAGAUACCAGACAAGCAGUUAGAUGAAAGAGAGCACACAAUAGAAGAAUGGAAAGAGUUGAUAUACAAGGAGGUCAUGGACCUGGAGGAAAGGACCAAGAACGGGGUUAUACGUGGACAACCAGCCCCUUUAGGUGCAGCAAUGAUCAAUGGUUCUCAACAUCCGUCUUCAUCAUCAUCUGUCAAUGAUGUGUCUUCAAUGUCAACAGAUCCAACAUUGGCCUCGGAUACUGACAGCAGUCUGGAAACAUCCGCUGGACCUCUGGGCUGCUGUAGAUGACUACUUGGUCUUUUAGGGGGGAGGGAAGGGGAGUCCUUUAGUCAUUGAUAGGGCACCUUUAAGAAAAUCAGUGGUAUUAUUUUUGAGUGUUUUUUCAAAAAUAAUUGUAGGAUUCAUUUUAAAGUGCUGUAAUUUUAAACUGUAAGUUGUGUUAAAAGCAGCCACAAAAAUGUAUUUUUUUUUGCUGUAAUUAACUCUGUAAAAUAUUAAACCUGAUAAUUUUAUCAUGGUUUUUAAAAAAUCUGCAUAUUUGCUUUACUAUUAUGCUGCUGAUCUUUUUUUUACUGAAUUUGUAAGAUUUGUUUGAUCAAAGCACAUAUUAAUGUUCUCUACCGUAUCAUGUAUUAUUUAAGAUUUUAUAGGUUUUUCAAUUUUUUUAUUAGAAUUUUUUCCAAAUGUUUUGUUCAUGAUUAUCCUUCAAAGUUAUAUGCUUGGUCACUUACCCAUGUGCAAGAGAAAAUAAUACAUUGUAGCCUGUUAUAGCUUUGGGUGUAGCUACUCUAGUGGUAGCAGUGAACACAGAAUCCUUUAAUUCUGUCUUCUUGCCUAUAACAAUUGAAUAAAAGCAGCAGUUAGUGAGUUUCAUUAGGGAAACCGUUUAUGACCCUUGGCAAAGUCACCUCAUCUGAGAGGCAAUAUAAACAUAAAGCAAAGCAUAUCUUUAUAGCUGCAGAAGUAUCCAGCCUGCCAAAAGGAGAUGGUGGCAGAACUGUGGCAUGCUGAAGCUUAUGAUCUCAAGGAGGAUACUUCGUGAAUAAUACAUUGCAAUGCAAAUAAACUGUUUACUUCUACUAGCUAUUAGCCUGUUUUUGUAUACACAGAACAAGGUAUACCCAGGAUAUCUAGAUUGCCUACAGAUUUCCCUGUUGCUGUAGUUCUACAUACACAUAGCAUGUGGUUCUUUGGCAUUUAAUUUCCUUCUUAUUUUCUGUGUUAGGAUAGAGCAGUUCUAUGUUGGGUGUAUGUAUGGAAAACCUCCAGCUUUUUGAUCACUCUUUCUUCAUCCAAAGUAACUUAUUCCUGUAAACCAAUCACUGGUGGGAGAACCUCAGGUUGUAAGAUUUCUGUAGCUAAUGCAUUGAGAGCAAUAUAUGCCAUGGUAAUGGGGGGGAAAUAGCAGUGCUGGAUAAAUAGUUUUUCUCUUUCACUUAACUAUCAGACCAUCAUAGCAGAAAUCUUAAAAAUGGUUCUUUUAAAGCCAUGAAUAUUCAGUAUCUUUCAGCAUUGAAGCCCCAGCUGUCAGUGCUUUUUAAAAAAACAAAAAACAAACGUAGAUCAGUUGCUAAGUAGUCAUGUAAAAUGGUGCUGAUCCUUACAGAACUAUGUUAACUGUUUACAUUUUAUAUUUACAGAAUGAUUUGUGUGUAACUGACUGACUUUGUUUAUGAAUGAGUAAAACAAUCAUCCAGAAUUUAUUCCUUUGAAAAGUGCAGAUUUCUCAAGAACCUAAGCUAUAUUGAUUGCCUUGUGUAGAUAAAUAUUUUGUGUAGUGAAUAAAAAUGUGAAAAGGGGUUUAAAUUAGUGACACCUACAAAAAUGAACUUUUAAAAGAAAAGCACAGGAGUCUUGCCAGGCACAAAGCCUAAGAGAAUGAAUAGAUACAGCUAUUGAGAUCAUCCAAGAAUGAAACAUGCUACUCAAUGUCUGUUCCUUUAGAAUUUGUUGGAUAAGUAGAAUAAAUAUUCUUUUUAAAUUUAUAAUUGGAAGAGGAAAAAUUGCCUUUACCCACUUUCUUCCCCAAUUAUGUUUUACUGUUUUCAAUAUCUAACAGAACUUAGACUUUUUAAAAACAAUAAAAAGGGUUGCAAGAAAUGGUAAUGUCUCAAAGAAAGCUGAGAGUCAGUUGUUGAAGUGCAAAGUUGUAUUUUCGUUGCCUGGCUAGACCACUGGUAAGUGAUGGUGUGAAGUUUUGCUGUUCUCACUUAAAUCAGAUAUUUCAAUAGUGAGCUUUAAAACACACACUUAUUAAGGCAAUUAUUUUUACAGAACCCCACCAAACUGUAUGUUACCUAAAAGCUGAUAGGCCACAUGAUGGGGAUUGGAGCACAGCAUACUUUUUCUUGUUGUAUUUGGACCAACAGGGCAGUUUAUUUUGUGUCUAUCGAAUUUUAAACUGUGACAUAAAGCCAACUGUAUUUAGUCAUGUAUUACAGGAUAACAUCAUUAUAUAGGCCUAGAUAAUGUUCUGGUACACUGGUGUACACAUCCAGAGUAACUCAGUUACAAGUAAUGAAAUUACUCCUGAUUUAUGUCAGUGUAACAGAGCAGAAUUUGGCCCCAAUCAUUCUUGUUUUAGCGGAAUUCGGGAAUGGCAGUCAUCUCUGGUAUGCACGCACCCAUCUUAGAUUCCAGUUCACUUAAUUGCUCUUAUUUAAGUGCUCUUAAAUGAGUUUUAGCAAGACAAUUUAUUGGCUCCUCUCCCUCCUCCCCCCCAUUUUCGAUUUCUCUAGUGCUGCCCGCAGUAGGUACUGGAAGUGAAGAGACCAUUCAGAGAGCAAGAGACCACUUCAGUCAGAAUGGGGCAUACCAGCACCCAUAGUCCUCCUGGGUCCCACCUUUCUAAUAAGUAUUCAGAUUAUUGUUGUCUGUAUUUUAUGCAAAUUAGGUGCCCAUCGCAGGCUCCUGGCAAAUUUCCAGUGAAGCCUGCUCAGCCAGGCAAAGUUAAAGCUCUGCAGUUCUAAGCCAUUGCAACAGUUUGCUAGUCUGAAUUCUCUUUUUAGUCAGCGAAGUUCAUUUUAUGUUUCAAGGACAAUAAGCGGGUGGCUAGCUAGAAUUGUCCUGUCCAUUGCUGUUCGCACAUUAUGUAGGUAGAUGUCUAAUAUCCAAUACACGUUAUACUUUCUGAUGUGUUAUCAUUGAACUUGGUUUAUUAUUUUGAUAAAUAGUUCCAUAAUGUUUCCAUCCCAACAGUCCAUGCUAAAAGAUACACAGCUUUUCCACCUCUAGGACUCCAGCUGCAGUCUAGCCCAGACUAGUAGUGAAUGAAAGUGACCCACAUCUAAUGUCUUAUGUAAAUUGAGGUGGACACCGUCCACCUAAGAACUGUAUGAAUUCUCACACUUUUUGGCUAGUUGCAACAAGUCCCAGGACUGAACAGACAACUCCUAGAAGUGGGUCCUUCCAGGUCAGUGUUAAACACACUGGUGGAAGAAGUUUGUACUGCCUUUGCCUGUGCUUCUACUGGUUUUGUGUGUUGAGGACUUCACUCAAUGCAACACAAGGAGCCAGACUGGCUUUAUCUUUCUCAUCUUAUAUAAACUUCUGUGUGUUUGUCAGCUGAAGUCCAUUUAAAUCACACAACAAUACUGAUUGGUUCAAUAACCCUAUAUGCUAACAUGGUUAGGCCCAGUCUCCACCAAUUAACUCAUUCGGGUAAAAGGCCCAAUCUUUGACCCAGGAUAACUUUUUCAGAUUGGGGAUCUAAAUUAGAAGAGAGUUGCUGUAUAUGGGAUAGCAGCUUUCAUGGUUUAAAUCCCCACAAAACAAAAGAAUACUUGUACAAAUUAUCUAUGAAAUGCCAAGGAAUUUGUUUAGGAUAGAGCAAGCCUUGAUUUUUACAAGUUAUGGUGACAGUGCCCUCUACUGGUAUACUACACAAGUAAGUAGAACGAUGAAGUUAGAUGUGUAGAUUUGUAAUAGCAGCAUUGGCCCCCAGACGAACACAUUCCAAGUCAGAAUGCAAGAUCUAAGCACCUGACAGGCCAGUCUCUCUGGUCUACACAUGACUAUGCUGGUCCCACACUAAACAUACAAUGCACACAUCUCAAACUUAGAUACACUACUAUAAACCAUCAAAAAUACUAGUAAUACACAUGAACAGUCCCUUAAACAUAAUAUUUCAGACACUGUCAAUUCAGAACAUUUGGGAGGAAGAACAUUCCAGUUUGUGUCUGGUUUUCAUCACUUGAGUCAAUGAAGUAGUCCAGGAUGGACUGCCAAUAUCUGAAUAUUUUUCUAACCUGCUUUAUAGUGGUUUCUUUUAUUGUGUUAGCUCAUUGUAUGUUCCCGUUAAUGUUUCAGUUGACCUACUUUUCCCUACGUAGUUAUAGUAAGUUGGAAGACUGGAGAAUGGAGAUGAAUUAGAGGUCAUCUGCAUUUUUCAAUAAGGCUAGAGAGGUUCUUAAUGGAGGAAUAUGUUGUAUUUGUAACUCUUUUCAAACUUUCCAGCUCACUUAAUUGCUCUUAUUUAAGUGCUCUUAAAUGAGUCUCAGUAAGACAUUUUAUUGGCUUCCCCCAUCUUACAUUUCUCUGCAUUACAGAAAUUUUCUUUGACUAAAGUUAACACAUUUCCACUCCCACUGCUUAAAAGUGAAACUAGUUUAUUAUUGAACUACCUCACACAAACUUUCUCUGCUUUCUUGAGUAAACAGAGCUAACCUUCACUAUUGGAUCUACCCUGAAUGUGAAAUAGAAAGUACAUUUCCCUUUUUCAAAAGCCCAACCUAUUGGCCAAUGUUGAGACAAUAUCAGUAAGUAUGUAUCAUGUAUACUUCCCGUACGAUGUUCAUGUGUAAUAUAUAGCUCACGUACAAUAAUGUACAUCCAGAAAAUUGUGUUAGAUGUAAAUUGGUGAAUUUAUUAUUGUAGUCUGUUUUUUGUAGGUAAAAAUAACUUACUAGUAAUAUCAGUCCAUCCUUUACAUUUUACAAAAGGAAUAAUUCUUGGUAAGCUUUGCAUACAGAUGAAUUACUUUUGUAGGCCCAAUAUCUAGUCUAUUUUUGAGAGUUCUUAAACUUUUAACUUUAGUAAUAAGUUGAGCAAAACUGGCUGAAUUCUCGUGAUCACUCCUCCUGCCCCCUUGAAGUGCAUUCUGUCCUGGGAAGUGUGGAGGGGAAGGACACACCUUUUAAAUAUGGAAAAAUUACAGUUAGUUUUCUUUCCCACUUGCCACCCUCCCCUUCCCCAUUCCUUUCUACCCCUUCCCAAUAAGCCACUGGUGGGGAAAUACUGAGAUCAUUGUGGUUUUUAUCAUCCAUGCCAUUGGUCAUUACAUGUGCACCACUGGAAUGUAUACAUUGUUAUCUAGUAUGUCAAUUGGUUAUAAUGAUAUUUUAAAUAAAAAAGGAUAAAAAGUUGUUUGAUGA